AUGGAUAAAUCCGACCUCCUAUUAUAUGCUAAGGAGUAUGCAACAACGCAGGAUCUAUAUGAGCUUUUGGGUAUAACAUCUGACACGCCUAAAGAAGAUAUCCACCGCGCUUGGCGCAAGCGCAGCUUGAAAUACCAUCCUGACAAAGCAGGAGCCAACUUCGACCCGGCGAAAUGGGAACUAUUCGAGCGAGCACGGGACGUAUUGUCCGACGCCCCAGCGCGCGAUGUCUACGAUUCACAACGAUCUGCCGCCCUCCUGCGCGAACAGCAGCGUCGCGCGAUGGACUCUAAGCGACGCGCGAUGGUAGAGGAUCUUGAAGCACGAGAACGCGGGGCCAUCAAGCGCCCGCGCGGCGAGGGCGAUGGCCCUACGAUGAGCGAGGCUGAGAGGAGACGACUGGUCGAAGCCGGGAAACGGCGUCUAGAAGAGAGGCAGAGAUUGAUGAGAGAAGCGGAGGAAAGAGAAAGGCAACGAGAAAAAGAACAAGUGGUACAAGAGAGUAAAGAGAACCUGAAAAGGUCAAAGCCACCAAACUCGGAUGAACAAAGAGGUCGAAGAAAAACACCAGAUACUUCGAGUACAGUUGAGUCCAAGAUGGAUAUCGACCCAGAACCACCAGCGAAGAACGGCGACGGCUAUGAUGACCAGAUCGCGGAUCUCGAGCGACGACUAGAGGGGGCGCGGCAGCGUAAAGCAGCCAAGAAGGAAAAGAAGGCAGGGUGGAAGAAUGGCGAUGAAAAGCUUAAGACACAUGAGAAUACACCUAUUCCUAAUGCCUCGCAGGGACCACAAGCUGACGAAAAGAAAGGCACUUCCACGUCGGGAACAGCGAACACAUUUUCCUUCUCCGCCUCCACAGGCACUUCAACAUCUCCCAACGGUAAUGCUACCACUAGUAGUAAGCCUAGAGCUAAAGGGGACUUCGCGUCAACGAUGGCUAGGCUGCGUGCCGCGCAGGCUGAGAAAGAGGCUCGGAAGAAAGCGGAAGAAGCCUCUGCUGCUUCCGUUGCUGCUGAUGGCGUUGGCAUUUAG